CUCAACACAUUUCAGCAUGAUGCAUUUCCUUGAAAACACUUUUAAAAUCUUAAAAUGUGUCUGAUACAAAUGAAUACAGAUUACUGUAGACUUAUUUGAGUUUUUCAGGAACUUAAAUUAAGCAUCAAGAAGAAAGACACUGAAACAGGAAGUUGAGACACACGCACACAGGCACAAUAUAUGUAUAUUACCAAGUUCUUGUGCAAAAGACCUUUUCUUUCACUUUGAGCAGGAGACACAAAAAGAUUUAUCGUCACUAAUUAUGCCAGAGAGUGACAAAGCUCAACACACCUGCAGACUUCCAACAGUAAUAGUAGUAUGUACUGUGGGGAUUUUCUUCAUCAUGCUCAUUGCUCAAGGGGUAGUUGGAGCAGUCUACAUACAUGACUGUCCGUUGCUGCCCUUCAUCCCCUUCUAUUUGUUGGUGAUGGGAGGAAGCAUCCUGCUGUUCUGCCUCAUAGACUGCAACGUUAUCUGUUUCGGCUCAGUCUUUAUCUUCUAUUUCUUCUGGUUCUUUGCUGGUAAUGUGUGUAUCUACGCUAUUUACCCUCUAUUGCCCAGCUACGACAAGAACACAACACAAGACUACUGCAACAAGACACUCUACUUGUUUGCCUUUUGGACCACCAACAUGACCUAUGUUGUAUUUGGUGUGAUCUUUCUCUCCUGGUGCUGUUGUGAGCAACAAGAGUCUGAUGAUGCACAAAUGCCCGUGCAGGUAUAAAUAAAGUUGGAUUAAACUAAAAGACAACAAACCUACACAGUAGAUCACGAUCAGGGUGGUUGAUGGACUGAUAUGCAUUUUCCCUAGAGUUUAUCAUGUAAAUACUAGAAAGGAGAUAUUAAAAUAACCUGAAGCACCAGAGUCACACUGUUUAUUGAUGUGCAUAUUUUAUCACAGAAAUAUUGUAAUUUACAUACAAAAUACAAAACAUAAUACUUAAUGUUGUAUGUUUACUCUUUUACUUUUUACUUGAAAGUGAAAUUACUUUUCACAACAGUAUUGCAUUAUGUAAAAAAAUCAUGUUUGGAUACUAUUCAUGAUAUUUUCACUAUUCAUGUAAAGUUACAUGUUUUCAGAGAGAUGGUCAGGGCUGUCAAUCUGAUUGGUGGACUGGGCUGUGAUGUAAUGUAUUUCACUCAGGUAGCUACUAAGGCAUUUUACGUAUUUUCAAACAAGCCAAAUAAGAUAAGCAAAUGUUUAUUAUCUUUAAAAGGACAGAAUGUGUUUAAUGAAAAUUAAACCAACAGCAUUGUUUGUUUUGAACAGAAUGGAUAAAAUUCUGAUAGUGAAGUCGUUUUGUGUCAAACCAAUUUAUCCACCGUUUUACAUCCCCAACAGUAGACAGCAGGGAAGUUAAUUGCCCUAGCGUUACAUUAGUGUCUCACCGUUUUUGUUUCAAUAAUCACAUCACAUACUUCGCUUCACUAUUGCCACUGAAUUAAGGUUCAUCUCAGCAUUUAAUAUCUUUAUUCAUCUGUUUGUUUAUUCUCUUUAUCAGAUACUCAUCAUUAAUCCUUCAUUUAUUCAGUUAUUAGACAUUUAGCUAUAAAUAAAUGUCAUCAA